AUGCACCAUACUCUACACAAAGUAUUUGAUGCAAAAAUAAAAGAUGCAAAUUAUAAAAAAAUUAAAAAACAGAUUAUCAAAAGAAAUAAAAACUUCCAAGACAACAAAAAAAUAGUUAUUCAAAGUCUCCUAAAUAAAGAAAGACCUAGAAUAUCAACAGACAGUUCAAUUAGAAUAACCAAUAAGCAAGUUGAAGUAUUAACAGAUCCAGAAGAAAUAAAACAAGAAGUUAAAAAUGUAUUUAAUCAUUGGAUUACCUCAAAAAAUAUAGAAAACCUAGAUCAGAAUCAA